AUGGUGCACCAGGAGAAACGCGUUUACCAGGCCCAGCGCAACGAGCGGGAGUCCAUCAGGCAGAAACUUGCCCUUGGCAGUUUCUAUGACGACGAGCCCGUCAUUUACACCAGCUGCAGCAAGAAUGGGCCGUCCUCCCGGCUGCAGAGCGGCGUGAACCUGCAGGUGUGUUUUGUGAAUGACAGCAGCAGUGACAAAGACAGCGAUGCUGAAGACAGCAGGACAGAAACCAGUUUGGACACUCCUCUGUCGCCCAUGAGUAAGCAGAGCUCGUCCUUAUCGGAUCGAGACACUGCGGAGGAGGACUCCGAUCCGCUGGAUGACUGCGGCGGGUUCUGGAGGGUCCAGCGGAGGCUUCAGGAGGAGGCCCGCGUGGCGUUGGCACUGGCACGACCCAUGGCCCGCAUGCAGGUGGAGGUGGAGAGGCAAAUUCAAUUCCACAGGCGCUCACCAGUAGCAGACUUGUUGCCCCACUUGCCCCACAUCAGCGAGGGGUUAAUGAAGAGGAAUCUGAGGAGGGGAGACAUGAGGGACAUGAGUCUGGGGCAACUGCAAGUCAUCACCAAUGACUUGCACUCACAGAUACAGAGUCUGAACGAGGAGCUGGUGCAGCUCCUGCUAAUAAGGGACGAGCUUCACGUAGAGCAGGACGCCAUGCUGGUGGACAUAGAGGACCUCACCAGGCAUGCUCACAGUCAACAAAGACAUUUGGCUGAGAAAGCCGUCUCUAAAUAG